UUUUUUUAACGAAAUUCCUAUUUGAAAUUAAUUUCUAAAAUAUUGACUGGUAACAAAUUUUUUUAGAGGUGUUGUAGCCGUAACAAUGGACAUGUUAAAGCUGGAUAUUAACCAAUGUCCAGAUGAGUAUUACGUACCUAACGCGUUCAAAGACACGCAUAAGUGCGAUAAGCGAAAUUCUUGGUGCGUACCGAUUUUGGGUCGUGGUUUUGAAAGCGGAGGAUAUAAAUGCGAGUGUAAACAAGGUUAUGAAUAUCCUUUUGAAGAUCUUAUAACAUACUAUGAUGGGCAACUACUGGAAGCCGAGUUCCUUAAUUUAGUAGACAAUAAUGAGACCCGAUUUAAUAUGUUCAAAUGUCGGCUUGCUGGAACAAAUGGCAUUCACUGUAAUUUAUUUUUGGUAAUAUUUUCAGUAUUACUUCUGAUAUUACGCGAAUUUGAGUGACGACGUCUUAAAGUUUUUGUUUUUGAAGUCUUAAUAGGCCAAAGUUUUCAAACUAACUAUAAUGAAAAGUUUUAAUGACAAAAAAUAAUUAAGUUUAUUUUAAUAAGCGUGUAAAAUAAUGAAUCUCAAGCAAUAUUUGUUCUACUUGUAUAAUUUUUAUUUAUACUGAACUGUACUAUUUCAUAAGUAUGCAUGCUUUAUAUGUUUGAACAGUAUUGUUUCCGUCCAUUGUAUCUUUUUUUAUUUAUAUAAGAAUGAUAUUCAAUUUUGUAGAAAGUUGUAUGUUGGAGACUUGUCAUUGUGAAAUUAUUACUAAUAAUCCGUCCUAAAGAAUCAAAUAAUUGUUAAGAGUAAUUUGUAGUUUUCGUUUUUUAGACAAGUGUACAUUUUUGUGCCUUAAUAUGACUUUUAUUUUUAUUUUAAAUUGUAAAUUAAACAAGCAACAAGUUUUC